CACAGGCAAGCAAAGAGACACGACGUCCGUCGCCGCUACAAAGGAGCGAGCCCUGCCAAUGUCAUCAGCCAUCGAAAGAAAGAGCCUCGAGCCCUCCGAGGAGCCAGUGGAUGAGGUGCUCCAAAUCCCCCCUUCCUUGUUAACAUGUGGAGGUUGUCAGCAAAACAUUGGGGAUCGGUACUUCCUUAAAGCCAUUGAUCAGUACUGGCAUGAAGAUUGUCUCAGCUGUGACUUAUGCGGGUGCCGACUUGGAGAAGUGGGAAGAAGGCUGUAUUAUAAACUGGGCAGAAAGCUCUGUCGAAGAGACUAUCUCAGGCUUUUUGGCCAAGAUGGUCUCUGUGCCUCCUGUGAGAAGAGAAUCCGAGCCUAUGAAAUGACCAUGAGAGUAAAAGAUAAAGUGUACCAUCUGGAAUGCUUCAAGUGUGCUGCUUGCCAGAAACAUUUUUGUGUUGGUGACAGAUACCUUCUCAUAAACUCAGAUAUAGUAUGUGAGCAGGACAUCUACGAGUGGACUAAGAUCAAUGGGAUGAUAUAACUCACGUGUGCCUCAUAGUCUCCAAAAUACAUUCAUGAGUGACAUAUAUAUUUAGCUAUGGUGAGGUUAUUGCUCACAUCUUUAUGCUUUCUCUAAGGAAGGGGGAAAUGGAACAGAAUGCACAGGCAUUGCAUCAUGUACAAGUGAUGAUUGGAGACUGGCAUAAUAGCAGACAAAUUUAUUUAGCAAAUAUGCUUUGAUGAUAAACUGACAUUAUUGGAGGUAAUGAUGGAAACUAGUGAACCAAUACAAAGUAACAAUGGAUUCUUUUAAAUUGAAGUACAGUAUGAUAGUGUAACUUUGUUGACUGACCUUCUCUAACCUGGUACUUUUCAGAUGACUUGAGACUACAAGUCCCCAGAAAUCUAGCAAUUGUUGUCCUAAUACUUCUGGCACACACUACCUUCAAAGGUAGCCUUAACACUUGCAGACAAAAUUGUUCAAUUAAAUUUUGAUUAUGUCAUAUAUAUUUAUUCUGCCUAGACUAUAAUCCCAGCAUUAAUAUUAAAUGCAAGAGCAUCAAGAGAGUUGUAUGUCUGGAGAGGAAGGGGCCUCCAGAUAAAUGCAGCCCUCCUUUUUAAUGAUAGUCAAUUCUUUUUGAGAAUUAAAGUACAACUUUUGUUACAGUGCGAAAGAUGAUACCUUAAGUAUAUAUCAGAUAUACUUAAAUCCUUGUGAGAUCCAUGAGAGAUAAUGGCAUGUAACUGGGGAGGGAGGAAGGAAUGCAGCCUUAAAUGCUAAGUAAUUAUUUCAAAUCAUGAAGAUGGAUAGCUACCUUCUGUUAACAUUGUUUGAAGGUGAGGAAUUCCACCACUCCUUUCUAUACAAUAAUUUUUUUUUAAAGUUCUUCAACUAUUUUAUUAGGAAAUGUGAAUACAUUGUUGUAUGUAGUAAGAUACUGCAGACUUAAUUAAAUAGACUUGAUCUAAGAGUUGUGAUAUUUUUCAUUCAAUACACCGGCAGCUUUUUUGAUUAUCGUUUUUUAGUGCAAUAAAUAUGUAGCUGUUAUAUGGCUCAUUUAUUGUGCACAGAGUAUCAUCCUUUGAGCUAUGCUUUUGUUUUGGACAGAGUUAACUACACUAUAUGCUAAUCUCACUUUGUCAAACACAUUCAAAGGAGAGAAUUUAAGUCUUCCUAAUAAUAGAAAAUGUUGAUUUCCCUAGGCAAAGCAACCAUUAUUUGUCCUGUGAUUGCUAUAUGCAUUGCAAUAAAUGUCGUAGGUGCCUCUCACAUUAAUUUGUGAUGUGACUAUUCAUGAAUUAUUUGACUUCUCUAUUCUUCAUACAUAUGCCAUCUAAGAUUGUUUUAGGAGAUUAUUAAAAUGCUUUUAGCUAUAUUAUUCCUGCCUUUUGAAAACAGAAACAUUUGCAAAGUGAUCCCUGACAUGCAGCAUGCACAUCAGCUUUCACACAUCUUUUCAGAGCAGCCUUAUUAUGCAUGUUGAUGUGGAAUUAAGUCCUUCAGUAUUCAGUGAGACUAUAUUUCCUACAAAGUAUAAUUAGGAUUGUAAUCUCUUUCUUUCUUUAUUCAUUCUUUAAAAGUUACCUUCAAAGUUAUGAAGAGCUAAUGCCACUUUACUAAUCAUCUCUUAAUUCAUCACAUGCAAAGUGGAUAACUUGCUAUUUUCUUGAAACUGGAACUCAAGUGAUUUUUGCACAAAGGCAAUGUAUGAAAUUCAGUCAUUCAUUUAGUAUAAUCCCCUGAACAAGCUCUAAAGAAACACUGCUGUAAUCUUGUCAUUAAUUUGGUAGAGGCAGAAACCUUCAGUUCUAGCAGAAUUCAUGCUAAUAAGUAAAGAUAAAAAUGUGAAUUUCCAACAAAUCUGGUACAUUUGCUGCAGAGUAGAAGCUCUACCCAUAGCUCAGAGAAACCAUGUCUGAUAGAGUAUGAUGGGGUGGAGUUUUUACAGUGAGACAACAAAACAAAAUCAAACAGGAAAGUAGAACUGAAAUAUCAAUUCAGAUUUCAAUCUAAAAAGUCUUGGGCAUAUUACUUAAAUUUAUAAAAUCUGUCACCUGCUAGAUUACAAACAUUUUAUCUAGUUGUUGCCUGUCAAUCUGUAACCAUUUACUUCUAUAUUAAAAAUGCUUCUCAAUUGCAGUUGCAUGCAAUACCACUAAACUAAUAAUUCUAGGAUGUAGGCCAGGGGUCCCCAAACUGUUCAGCUCAUGAGCCCCUUCAUGAAGUUUCAGAAUGUUCAUUG